CCCCAAUGGGUUGAGGGCUUAAAUAGUGUCAGAGGUCUCACGUCCCCGGUUGAGAUCUUUCUGCAGAAGCGUUCUCCUCCCCCUCAUUCUCCCUCCUCUCUCUUCCCCGUUUCUUCUCACCCCAUUAAAGCCCUCCCCGCUCCAGCUCCACCCUCGCGAUGCGCUGCCCCAGUCCACCCUGCUGCUCAAAAUGAAAAGCGGGACCACCCCGAACGAGCAGCGACGCUGCCUUUUCGAGUUGCGACGUUUCCGGGGGCCCUCAGGCCUGAAUCCGGGCUGAGGAGCCGCUCCACAGAGGUUUCGUGGACUGACCGAAAGAUUGUCUCCGAGGCAACACCACCGAGAACUCCCCUUCUCCCACCCGAGGGCUACUGGGGCUUCCCGCUCCCUCCUGCGGCCCUCCGGACCUCACGCCCGGUGACCCGUCUCCUCAGCCGCUUUGUGGGAUUUCCCCACCCCGAUUUGAGAACCGAUCUUUCCACGGGCUGUGGACGACGCGACUCCUGCCCUGGCCAUGACUACGGUUGUAACUCAGCCCCAACCCGGCACAGACGCCGCCGUGGCCAGUGACUGGCAAUCCGGGGUAUUUGGCUGCUUCGAAGACACCGGAGUCUGCGUCCGUGGGACUUUCUGCUACUUGUGCCUCGGGUGUCAGGUGGCCAAGGACAUGAACGAGUUCUGCCUGUGCGGGUCGAGCGUGGCCCUGAGGACCCUGUACCGCACGAAAUACGGCAUCCCCGGUUCGAUCCUCAGCGAUUUCCUGUGGUUGUCGUGUUUCUCUCCGUGCGCUCUCUGCCAACUGAAGCGGGACAUUAACAAAAGGAAAUCGACCAACACUUUCUAGGGACCGGACGGUCUGUUCAAAUGGCAUCAGAGCCUUCUCCGACUCAAACGCCGCCGCCGCCGCCGCCAGCCCGGGCUCUGUUAUUCCAGACGCAGUUGCCGCUGCUCCUGCCGGGGUGGGGAGGAGAUCUCAGGGCCACCCCCCGCUCCCGCCGCCAGGCAGACCUGUUCUCCCCAAACGGUUUUGGCCAGUCCUCGCCCCGGAAGAUUUUCUUGGCUCUCUCUUGACUUCGCAUCCGUACGUUGCAUUGAUUUUUGAAGUUUCCAAAUAAAAUUCCUCAACGGAGGAGUCCCCGCCUCCCUCCUGUA